AUGCUGAUGUUCAUUCUUGCGUGUACAGAAGCGAGCCUGGAUUGGAGCACAACUGAACAGUCUUUCUUCUGGCAAUUGGUAGGAGCGCACGAAUUGCCCACCAAGCACUUCCUUCCUCUCAUCUCUCACGUGGACGGGGUGAAACAUGCCGAAGCCUGCUCACAACUGCUGCUAAUUCUUCAACUUGAAAAACCAACUGCAGAAAUUAUGCGCCUUCUGCUGACUCGCGCCGCUUCCAGUCUCAAUUCUGAAAGCGUCGAUGAUGCCAAUUCCGAUGACCUUCUCUCUGUUACCUCGCUUCACUAUUGGGGUCGUCCAGGUGGUGUCUAUGCUCAACGCUUUGCUGAAAUUCUUGGUUCUAUGAUUACUUCCGCUGUGAGCGGUCUACGUCCUUGUGGUGACGCAGAGGAUGGCAUUGGAAGCACAAACAGUGGUCGGAAACGAACUUCAACAAAAAGCUCUGGAAAUAGUACCGAUCGUCUCUCUCUCCUGAUCUCAAUACUUACUCACCUCGAAUGUAUGCGAAGAAACUGCAAGAACAUUGCAAUGUUACAGUCAGCAGAACUACAGAGUUCACUACAACAGGUGAUUUCCUCCUCCAAUGUGCCCUCAAAUUUGAAGGAUCGCUUUGCAGAGCUGCUGAGUUUGGUUGAGAGAGAGGAUAUCACGCUUGCUUCAUCGAGAUCUAGUGCUUCUGGGAGGGGGAGUCGUCAGGAGGCGAGUGGAGAGCCUACUGGAUCGUCCAAAGGCGGACACAGUUUGCGCAACUUGGAUUCGAGACGUGCUGCUGAGGCUGAGCGUAAAAGACAAAACACAACAGCUAAUAUUGGUGUCGCAUCUACAAGCAGCAAAAAGAAGCAAUCUCGUAAAAAGGCUGACGAAGACGGAGAUGCCGAAGGCGAAGACAGUUCAGAUAAUGCCAAUUCUAAAGCUGCCACCAAUUCAACCAACAACGCUAACUCGGAUAGCGACGAUGAUGAAAGCGAAGGUCCCCUAGCGAUCGAUGAUUCCCUUGACGCUGCCUCAGCAUCCUCUGCAGCUUCCGAAUCCCAGGCUCCUGCUUCUACUGGAAGGACUGCUGACUCCAGUGUUUUAGAAAUUACAAUCUCAAGUUCUGAUUCCGAUGAUGAGGAUGAAGAUAAGCCGGUGGAAUCGCGUCCGAAAAAGACUACAACAGGGAAAAGACGUGCUCCCCCUGCAUCAAAGAAACAGCAGCCCCCGGCGAAGAAGGUUACACCUAAGCAGGGAGGUCGAAAGGUUGUGAACCUUGAUGAUGACGAGGAUUCAGAGAAUUCAGACAACAACUAUAAUAAUAAUGACAAGGAUGGAAGUGAUUCUGGUGAUGAUACUCCUCGUGGACCAACGUCUAAGAGGAGAAAAAUGGUCUCUAGGAGAUUGUUGGAUGAUUAA